AGACUAAACAAAAGGAAUCCCAGAGGAGGCAAUCAUUCAGCACUCUGCAGCAACACUCCUGUCGUGUUUGGAUUCGAGUGAAGCAACAUGAUUACUAAGAGAAGCUUUGGAGUCCUUUUGUUCACGCUGGCAGCUCUUGCAGCCGAUGCAGGUUUGUUGAGACAUAAAAGACGGCAGAGGCAUUCCUCCUCAUCCUCUUCGUACUCCUUCUCCUUUAAAAUUGCAGAUGACACCUGUCUCAACGGAGGAACAUCUAUCCCGUCCCUGUUGACCGGUGAACACAUGUUUUGUUUGUGCCUUCGCGGCUUUGAAGGGACCCACUGUGAAACAGCACUCGGUGAGAGCUGUUACGAGGGCGCCGGGUUGUACUACAGAGGCACCGUGUCCAAAUCGCACAGUGGAAAAACAUGUGAGCCGUGGGAUUCAGACGCCAGGAGUCGGUACCUGUCGUCUGAUCUCCACUCAGGGUGGCACAACUACUGCAGAAACCUUUACUACAGACGCCGCCCGUGGUGUUACGUUAGGAAAAAUCAGGAGCUGGUGCAGGAGUACUGUGAUAUUCCCCGCUGUGACGUGGAGCUGAUUACAACUACACCUGCACCAUCUGAGCCACCAACAGAGCUGACAUGCGGCCAGCGCUCCAGAAGAAAGCAGACCAAGAUCGUGGGAGGAACAGUUGCCACUGUGGAAUCCCACCCGUGGAUGGCCGCCAUAUUUUGGCGUAGCAAAUCCGGCCACACGGUUUUCCUGUGCGGGGGUAGCCUAAUCUCCGGCUGCUGGGUCCUCACAGCCGCCCACUGCUUCCAUGAUGGCUCUCGAAGCAAACCCGGACACUUCUCCGUCACUUUGGGGAAAAACGCCCUGAAUGAGAGCGACCCGAAUGUGGAGCAAAGGUUCGGAGUUGAAGAAAUCUUCAUCCAUGAGGAGUUUGACGACAGUGAAGGCAACUACAACAAUGAUAUUGCUCUCCUGAAGCUGAGGGCCAAACAUGGAAAAUGUGCCAAGGAGAGCAACUUGGUGAAGACGGUCUGCCUGCCACCGCCUCAGCAGAGCCUCCGGCCCGGUGUCAGCUGUGAGAUCUGUGGAUACGGGAAAGAGAAACACAGUUUGUGGUAUAGGUCUCAGUAUCUCCGACAGGCCCAGGUGAACCUCUUGGCGGACGACGUGUGUCGACGUUCAGAUUAUUAUGGAGAUUUGAUCACUGACAACAUGCUUUGUGCCGGUCGUGCCGAUUGGAGCCAGGACGCCUGCGAGGGCGACUCAGGAGGGCCUCUGGUGUGUGGGUUCGAUGGCAAGUUCUUCUUGUUUGGGGUCAUCAGCUGGGGCGACGGCUGCGCGAAGGAGUUCAGACCAGGCGUUUACACCAAAGUGACCAAUUACAACAAGUGGAUUGAACAGAAGACGGGGCUGGCCGCCAUCACUGCUGGAAACAUGUUUCCUCAGAAAUGACAAAUUUUUUAGCUUAAAGGCAAAGGUCGGCAAAAAACAAUGGAAAAUUGUUAGUUUAAAGGAAUAAAUAGGUAGGCAAAUUCUGCAGGAUGAAUUAAACAUUAAAGUUUAUUCUUGACUAACAUCCAUAUGCAGAAAGUUUAGCUCAACUUCAACGUAUUAACAGUUCCAGCUGUAACUAUAAUGACUGGAAGCACAACUGGAUGCUAAAAGGUAGCUAAACGUGUCAGGUAGUGGUGGAAAUAGUGAAACAGCCUGCUGAAAGUAGAGGAUGAAAUGGUUAGCUGGUUAAAGGUUUGGUAAACAACUCAAUAAUGCUAGCUAAACUUAAUGGAUAAAGGAUUCAAAAGGCUAGCUAAACAGUUAUCUUAAGCGGUUUGCCAAAAAUAACACUAAAUACUAUAGUCUACUGAUUGAGCUCUACUUAAUUGUUAAAUAGCUGAAACAGGCACAUACAAGUCUGGGAUUUAAAGUCUUAGUAGAAUAGCCAGGUGAAAUAAAUUAAAUAAAUGUUUACUUAACAUUAAUAAGGUUGAUGAACUGUUAGCUAUGCAUAACAAUAACAUUGAUAUUUUAACAUUUUUAAACAGGCUACCAAACUUAAUUUAAACUUAAAACUUAAACUUAAUUUAUUUGAUUCAAAGGUUAAGUUUAUCUUAAUUAAGUAAAGGUAUUAGGAAAUCUGCUGAAUGUAACUGACAUUGUCUUUAUGAGGUCCACAUUAGCUAGUUAGCUUGUUAGCUAGUUAGCUCAAACUGCUGAUUAAAGCAACAGAUGUAACAUUUGACUCUUGCUGUAUUAUUGCCAGACUUGUUUUUAUAUUUUUGUAUAUGAUAUUUGCACGUUUUUUUUGUUGUCUUCUGGUCAUAUUUUUGUCUUCUGCUGAUUUACUGUCAGUCAGGAUGUUUGUGUUGUGUUAUUUAUGUACUGUACUACAUUUAUUGUUUUAUAUCGGGGAGCGGUAAUCUCUCUAAACUAUUUUGUAUUCAAGGCUUCUGAACUGUUUGAACGAUUGUCUAAUAGGAGGCAUUGUACGGUGUACAAAAUGUACAUAAAGGUUUUGUAAUCCGUUGUUGAUCCUAAUAAAAGGAUGGGUUUUGUCAUGA